AUGGAGUUUAUGCCCACAAGAGAAGCUAUUCAAACCUGCGUGUUAUCGAAAAGAUGGAAGAACGUCUGGAAAAGCCUCGACACUUUCUCUCUCAAACCCUUGAAUGGAAUCCGCAAGUAUAACCAAUUCGUUUCUAAAGUUCUCUCUAACAGAGAUGAUUCUGUUUCCCUGCGUGGGUUUCAAAUGCCCGUGUUCAGUUCCACUGCACCAAAGCUCCUCAAGGCCAUAGAAUAUGGUGCAAGGCACAAUCUUCAGAAGUUGACACUCGCCAUGGAUUUCAGAUUCAAAGAAAUACCUGUUUCUUUAGUUCCCCUCAUUUUCAAUUGUCAAUCUUUAACAUUUCUUGACCUAUAUAUCAACUCCUCUUGCUCUAACUUGAAACUACCACCAUCUAUUCUGUUACCAUCUUUGGAAACCUUGUAUCUCUCCAAUGUCACUUUCACAGCAACUGACAACCACUGCAUUGACCCUUUUUCAACAUGCACUUCCUUGACCACUUUGGUCCUUCAACAUGAUUUGCGUUACGAGUCAACACAGACUCUACUUAUUUCUAACCCUAAUCUGUCCGUUUUGAAACUGGAAAGCGUAGUUAGUCGGCACACCUUCAAUCCUAAACUUGUGCUUUCUACUCCUAAUCUCAGUUUGAUCACACUUGGCAUUCAAAUUUGUUAUGAACUUUCUUGCACCUGCGAUCUUCCACUGCUUGAAGAGGUAUAUGUCAACCAAGGUGUUCAUACAGUUUCUUCUGUCAUCAUAAAUUGGUUACAACUUUUCCCUCAAGUAAAAACAUUGAGACUCUCUUCUUAUGCCCUCGAAAUGUUACUGAAGGAUGUAGUUAUGACUGGAAUAGAAAUUCAACCUCCAAGCUUUUUUAGAUUGAAGUCAAUGAAAAUGGAAAUAGGACGACACAUGAUAUCUGAUGAUCAUGUAGACAUUAUAUUGGAUUACUUACUCAGGAACUGUCAAACAAUAGAUGUUGAAGUUGAUGCUAUCACAGAGGACUAA